AUGCAUUACCACAAUACAACCCAAUUCUAUCCUUAUUCCUUUGUCCUUUUGGGAAUUCCAGGCUUGGAAAAAUUCCAUAUUUGGAUAGGUUUUCCCUUUUGUGCUGUAUAUCUGAUUGCUCUUUUAGGGAAUAUUAUAAUCCUUUUUGUAAUUCAGACUGAACCUAGUCUUCAUCAGCCCAUGUUUUACUUUCUGGCUAUGUUGGCUUUCACUGAUCUAAGUCUCUCUACUGCCACUAUCCCCAAGAUGCUGGGCAUCUUCUGGUUUAAUUUCAGGGAAAUACUUUUUGGUUCUUGUCUUGCACAGAUGUUUAUGAUUCAUCUGUGUACAGGCCUAGAGUCUGGUGUACUAACAAUCAUGGCCAUAGACCGUUAUGUUGCUAUUUGCAAUCCCCUAAGAUACACUAUGAUCCUUACAAAUAAGAUCAUAGCCAUGCUAGGUAUAGCUGUGGUAGUGAGAUCAUUAAUUUUUGUCACCACUUUUGUGUUUCUUAUCUUACGGUUGUCAUUCUGUGGUUCCCGAAUCAUCCCUCAUACCUACUGUGAACACAUGGGUAUUGCCCGACUUUCUUGUACAAGUACCAAAGCCAAUAACUUAUUUGGAAUGGUUGCUAUUUCUGUGGGAUUUCUUGACCUUAUUAUAAUUGGUUUCUCUUACGUGAAGAUACUUCACACGGUCUUUCAUUUGCCAUCUUGGAAUGCCCGAUUGAAAGCUCUCAACACCUGUGGAUCCCAUGUCUGCGUUAUGCUUAUCUUCUAUAUCCCAGCAUUUUUUUCUUUUCUGACCCACCGCUUUGGUCAUAGCAUCCCUGGAUACAUUCAUAUAUUUCUAGCUAAUAUUUACAUGGUUAUUCCACCUGCACUCAACCCUGUUAUCUAUGGUGUCAAGACAAAGCAGAUCAGGGAUCAAGUACUAAGAAUUCUUAACCCUAAAGCUGUCUGA